AUGCCGGUCAACAAUAGAGAUAUCCCCUCAAUCCUCCCACUCCUGAGUAGCCAAAGUACUCGACAGCCACUGGCACCAUUUGUUCGCCCAGCUCAAAUGGCCAUGUUUGCACGAGUGACAUCAUAUCCCCCGCUAGGACAAAUCACUUGCCUCCAACCGGUGCAGAAGGCAUCACGGUCUGAAGAAGAUGCGCUGCGUUUCACAGUUACCAUAGAGUCUAGCAGCUCAUUCCCCGCACAAUCAUGGGAAGCACAGAUCUGGCAUAACAUCACUGGUCCCGAAUGGAGAUCUCUGCCGUUACAGAGAUGCAACACAGAUCAUGCAGCUCUUUUGACUGGAAAUGAUAGCGAGUACCACUACAAUCGCUAUGUAUUCUCCGAGGAGGUAUCCCUGCCAGCCGCAGGAGGUCAUGCACAGUUUACCGUCCGGUUUCGAACUGGUCCAGAUACGGAAUGGCAAUGGGCCAAUGAAAGGCACCACGUCAGCAACGGUGAAAUUGUAUAUAGCGCACGCUACUCUAGUCUCAACGGGGUUCUAUCCACGGAAGUUGCUACACCAGCCCCCAAAGAACAUCUCGAGAAGUACAUCAAUAACCUCCAUGAGGACUUGCAGAUCCAGUCACGGCUUACUGAAGCUCCUGGGUCAGUUCUUUGGGCUCUGUCUGGUGAUAUAGAUGCUGCCCAAGAUGGAUCUUCAAUCAUCAAACGACUUGCACUUGGGACCCCUUCAUCGGUGGUGAGGUAUUUCUCAUUGGUUCGUGUUUGGAGCCCAUGGCUGGGCCCUAGGCAUGGCAAAGAUAACUUCCGAAUUACUGAAGAUGCAAUACUUUGCUCUUUCCUGCGCGAAGAUGGCGAGAAUCUUGUUCUACUGGCUGUUUCGGGAGUCAACGAUGUUUUGACUGUGUUUCAGUCAGGUGAGAAUGGUGAGGUUGUGCUCUCCGUAAAGGGUGACAAUUCAGAAGCAUCAAAGUUCCAGGUGUUGGUCAGCGCCGCGCAGAAUUUUGAAGUUGCCAUGUCUGCGGUAGUUUAUGAGGCACGGAAAGUGGUCAGACCAUUUGCUGAUGCAAGCCAUCGGGAUUUAGAAGAUCCAGUCCCAUUAUCUCCUCCUGGGGAUGAUAUCGUCCUUGUCGAGAAUGACCCAAGUGCACAGUGGUUCUCCGAGUGGUUUGACGGCCUCACAUAUUGUACUUGGAAUGGAUUGGGACAGGAGCUCACCGAAGAGAAGAUCUUGCGUGCCUUGGACUCGUUGAAGGCAUAUGGAAUUACCAUCACUAAUCUUAUUAUCGAUGAUGGUUGGCAGACAAACGACAAUGAGGGGGAGUUUCAGUUUAAGCAAGGCUGGAGGCAGUUCGAGGCGCAUUCAAAAGGAUUUCCUAGAGGAUUAAAACAUACCGUGGGGGCUAUCCGUCGAGCACAUCCCAACAUCGAACAUAUUGCAGUCUGGCAUGCUUUGCUGGGCUAUUGGGGAGGUAUCUCACCAGAAGGGGACCUGGCUCAAAGAUUCAAGACAAAGCAAGUGAAGAUCAAAGAUCCCGCUGCCAACGGUCCCAUUGCAGAGAACCUUCCAGACGGAACAAUUCUUGCCAUUGAUCCCGAUGAUAUCACACGAUUCUACGAUGAGUUCUAUAGCUACCUUACAUCUGUCGGUAUAGAUUCAGUCAAGACGGAUGCACAAUUCUUCCUCGAUCUUCUUGAGGACACAGAGGACCGCCGGCGAUUUAUGACUUCUUAUCAAGAUGCAUGGUCUAUCGCAUCGCUCAAGCACUUCAGUACUCGGUCAAUGUCUUGCGGAUCAAUGACCCCCCAAAUAAUCUUCCAUUCACAAAUGCCCACCAACAAACCGGCGGUUCCACUGCGAAACUCCGACGACUUCUUUCCUGAUAUUGUUGCCUCUCACCCGUGGCAUGUAUUCUGUAAUGCCCAUAAUGCACUAUUCACCCGCUACUUGAACGUAUUGCCCGACUGGGAUAUGUUCCAGACAAGUCACGCAUACGCAUCAUUCCACGCGGCAGCACGAUGUGUAUCGGGGGGACCGAUCUAUAUCACCGACGAGCCGGGUAAUCAUGACUUGACCCUGCUCGAUCAGAUGGCCGCACCUACAGUGCAAGGGAGUACGGUGAUCUUGCGUCCUAGCGUCAUCGGGCGCACGAUAGACAUAUACCACGACUAUAACGAAGGACAUGUCCUGCGUGUUGGAAGCUACACCGGCUGGGCCAAGACCGGAAGUGGAAUCAUGGGCCUUUUCAAUAUUCAAUCUGCUGAGGCCUCGAUCAUAGUCUCACUGAUGGAUUUCCCAGGAAUCCACGAGGACUCCGAAGGCCAGUAUAUCGUGCGCGCACACAGCAGCGGUAAGAUCUCGCAUCCCAUGCGGCCAUCAACCCACAACUCCCUGGUAUCAGUUGCUCUGGAAUCAAAAGGCUGGGAGAUUCUCACUGCGUGCCCGACUCGGUCGUUCACGCUAACGGGAAGUCAUGGCGGCAACCCCUCUGGCGAUAGUAUGACACAUGUGGCUGUGCUGGGUCUUUUAGGAAAGAUGACUGGCGCAGCGGCUGUAGUGACUUCGGAUAUAUCUGUUGUUGAGAACGGCCGUUUACGACUCGAUGUCAGCCUGAAAGCGCUGGGAACUCUGGGGAUUUAUUUCUCCGAUCUUCGAGACAGGAGCAUUGCGCGAAAUUUCAUGAUCAUGAUCCUGGGACAGCCAAUUCCUCAGAAUACAGUGUGGAAGCAGGGUGGAGAGAAUGGUAAUGUGCUGGCAAUUGAUGUAUUGGCGGCAUGGAAAUCCAUGAAGUUGGACAGCGGAUGGAGUAACGAGGCCUUUGUACAGAUUUUUGUGGGAUGA